CUUGCAUAUAUGCAACCUUGGGCCAACCAAGGUUGUUAGCCAUGGCUCAUCAUUUUUCUAAUAAGGCCUUAGGUUGUUUUCUUUUCUUUUCUUUUCUUCUUUCUUCUUAUUCAACCUAUGGCCAAAGUCAUUUUAUCUUAGAUCCAAUAGAGGAUUUUGGUGAUUUUGGUGGUGAUUUUGGUGGUGAUUUUGAUGAUGAUGUUACAAUUAUAAAUGAAAAUGAUUUUGCUCCGGCUCAAUCACCAUCAAUAAUCACAGAUUCUCCAACUCCUGCUCCAGCACCUGAAAUUGAAAUUGAAAAUGUCAAUGAUAAAAAUAAUGAUGCUUCUGCCACAAGUUUUCCUAAUGAGAGGCUAAGAAGUGCUUAUAUUGCAUUGCAAGCGUGGAAAGAUGUAAUGUAUUCCGAUCCUUAUGACACAACUGGUGAUUGGGUUGGUAAUGAUGUGUGUUCUUACACCGGUGUGUUUUGUGCAUCGGCUCUUGAUGAUCCAACAUUGAAUGUUGUUGCUGGUGUUGAUCUUAACCAUGCCGACAUUGCUGGUCACCUUCCGGAAGAGUUAGGAUUAUUGAAUGAUACCGCUCUUUUCCACAUUAACUCAAAUAGAUUUUGUGGUAUUGUUCCUGAGAGCUUAAAAAAUCUAACCAUUAUGCAUGAGUUUGAUAUUAGUAACAACCGUUUCGUCGGUGGUUUUCCUUCUGUGGUACUCGAAUGGCCAGAUUUGAAGUACUUGGAUAUUAGAUACAAUGACUUUGAGGGAUGUUUACCUCCUGAGCUAUUUGAGAAAGAACUCGAUGCGAUAUUUUUGAACAAUAACCGAUUCACAUGUGGUAUACCAGAAACACUUGGAAAAUCAACUGCCUCUGUUGUGACUUUUGCUAACAAUCAUUUCACAGGUUGUAUUCCAAAAUCAAUCGGAAACAUGGCGAACUUGAAUGAGAUUGUGUUAUUGGAAAAUGGUCUUGGUGGUUGUUUUCCACAAGAAAUUGGUUUGUUAGAGAAUGUAACUGUUUUGGAUGCUAGCAAUAAUGGGUUUGUUGGGACUCUACCAAAUUUAUCAGGAUUAAAGAAUGUUGAGGUUAUUGACAUAGCACACAACAUGCUUAGUGGAUAUGUUUCAAACACUAUUUGUCAACUACCUUUGUUGAAGAACUUCACAUUCUCUCACAAUUACUUUAAUGGAGAAGCUCAAACUUGUAUUCCUUCAAAAAAUUCUGAUGUUGUAUUUGAUGAUGCUAAAAAUUGUUUACCAGGAAGGAAGAAUCAAAAGACAUCCAAGCAAUGUUUACCAGUUCUAACUAAACAUGUGGAUUGUAGCAAAAAUUGUGGUGGUGGAGGAAAAGGACAUAGUCCUGCUCCAUCGACGCCAAAACCAACUCCAUCAAAUCCACCAAAGUCUCAUCCUCCUAAGGAAGAGACACCAAAGGCUCAACCACCACCAAUUUUGCCACCUGUUGAAGAUAUUCCACCAACUCUACCACCGGUCGAGGACAUUCCACCAACAAGAGCACCGGUCGUGGACAUUCCCCCUACACUACCACCGGUUGAAGACAUUCCACCAACAAGAGCACCGGUCGUGGACAUUCCCCCUACACUACCACCGGUUGAAGACAUUCCACCAACGAGAGCACCGGUCGUGGACAUUCCCCCUACACUACCACCAGUUGAAGACAUUCCACCAACGAGAGCACCGGUCGUGGACAUUCCCCCUACACUACCACCAGUUGAAGAUAUUCCACCAAAGCGUGCACCAGUGUCAUCACCACCACCACCUGUGAGUCGUGUCAUUCCCCCUGGACUUUUCAAAUCACCACCACCACCAGUUUACUCUCCUCCACCACCUGUCCACUCACCUCCUCCACCAGUCUACUCUCCACCACCACCACCACCUGUUCACUCACCCCCUCCACCAGUCCACUCUCCACCACCACCACCAGUUCAUUCACCUCCUCCUCCAGUUCAUUCUCCUCCACCACCAGUCCACUCUCCACCACCACCUGUCUACUCACCUCCACCACCAGUCCACUCUCCACCACCACCUGUCUACUCACCUCCUCCACCAGUCCACUCCCCACCACCACCACCGGUGUACUCCCCUCCACCACCCCCACCAGUCUACUCUCCACCCCCACCAGUUUACUCUCCACCGCCACCAGUACAAUCUCCACCGCCACCAAUGGUAAACUCUCCACCACCACCUGUCCACUCUCCUCCUCCUCCACCGGUCAACUCUCCACCACCACCACCACCAACAUGGGAAGACAUUAUCUUGCCACCAAUAUUUGGAGCUGAAUAUAGGUCGCCUCCUCCCCCAGCAAUUGUUGGAUACUAAAAUAGAAGACUGCAAUACAAUUUCUAUUAACAUUAUUUGUCUUUUUAUUUUGCCACAAUUUCAAAAAUACUUACACAGGGCUGAGCUUCACAUAUUUGUGAAUGUGUGAAUUGUAAUUGGACUCAUCUUAAUGACAUUUUAUAUUUUC